GAACAGGUGAGCUCGAGUGGCGCCACUGACAUUGUCCGCAGAUAUUCCUUCACGUAAGAUUCCUCGCCCACAAGACAGUAAACAUGUACGCGCCCGUGCUCCUCCUGGCGGCGGCGGUGGGCGUGGCGAACUCGCACUCCUUUGAGUGGGGAAGCUGCAAGAGGGUCAAUCCGGUCGCGAACUUCCAGGCGGAUCAGUUCGCCGGCAUGUGGUACGUCAUCGAGAUCUUCAGCACCACCAGCGACUGCAUGACCAUGCACUUCAACCUCACCGACGACGGCAGUUUCAAGGUCACCGAAACCAGGGAAUUCCACCCGCUGGAAAUGAUCGGUCUGGACCACAGGUUCUCGAACGCCGGGACCCUGAAGAAGGAGGGCGGGUCGGAGCCAGGCCGCUAUAAGGUGACUUGGCCGGGUGACUCGGAUUUCUUCGGCAGCUUUGGCGCGAGAGAAGGAAUCAUCCUGGACACGGACUACACCAAGGCCGCCGUACUAAUGGAGUAGUCAGAGACUUCUCGAUCUUCAAU